AUGGCGCCCACAACAGAACCGCCCGCAAAUCAAGAGUUUGUGCAUGCAUCGGCCAAGCAUGCAAAGAAGAAGGCAAGCCGCAACAGCAUAGAACCCAUCUCGGCCUUCUACCUCUUCUUCGCCGCCAACAUAUUGUCGGCCGUUUUUGCGCCCAUCCAGGACUGCGACGAGACCUUCAACUACUGGGAGCCUGCCCACUAUCUUGUUCACGGCUACGGCCGCCAGACCUGGGAGUACUCGCCCGACCAUGCCAUCCGCAGCUGGCUCUACAUUGGCCUCCACGCCGUGGUCGCCGGGCUCCGGCGCAUUCUGCCGCAGGCUUCCAAGGUCGGCGAAUUCUACUUUGUGCGCUACGUUCUCGCGUUUGUCUGCGCCCUCUGCCAGACACUCAUGUUCCAGGUGGUCAGUGGCACCGUCCACCCGCGGAUCGGCUUCUUUUUCCUCCUGGCGCUGUGUACGAGCCCCGGCAACUUCCACGCGAGCACGGCCUUUUUGCCCUCGAGCUUCGCCAUGUACGCCGUGAUGCUGGGGGCGACUGCGUUUAUGAACUGGCGCGGUGGGCUCAAGACGCUGCAGGGCAUCUUCUGGUUCGCUGUUGCCGGCGUGCUGGGCUGGCCCUUUGCCGCGGCACUGUGCGCGCCCUUCCUGCUGGAGGAGGGCGUGCUGGCGCUGAGCGGCGGCGGCGCUGGGCUGCUGGGCGGCUUUGUCCGCGUGGCACGCGGCGGUGUCGCGGCACUGCUGCUCGUGGGACUCGACGCCGCGGUCAAUACGUUCUUCUACAAGAAGUUCGAGGUCGUUGCCUGGAACAUUGUCAAGUACAACGUCUUUUCGGCGGCCGAGGACGGCGGCGGCCCCAACCUCUACGGCACCGAGCCGUGGCCGUUUUAUUUCAAGAACCUGGCGCUCAACUUCAACAUUUGGUUCGUGCUGGCCCUGGCGGCCCUGCCGCUCUUCCUCCUGCAGAAGAUGGCCGGCACCUCCAAGAAGGGCCUCGUGUCGGGCAUGCGCACCGUUGUGUUCCUGACGCCCUUUUACCUGUGGCUGGCCAUCUUCACCCUGCAGCCGCACAAGGAGGAGCGCUUCAUGUACCCGGCGUACCCGUUCCUCGCACUCAAUGCCGCGUUUGCGCUGCACAUUGUCCUCGAGAGCAUCGGCCACGCUACGCCGGGCACUCUGGCCGGCCUCGUCCCUGGCAAGGUCAAGCUGUUGGCCGUCCUCGGCGUCUUUGCAAGCUGCCUCGCCAUCAGCGGCCUGCGGGUCUAUGGCGUCAUUUCCGGCUACGGGGCGCCGCUGGCCGUCUACAAGCCGCUGGGCGGCAACGUGGUGCACCACGACGUGCCGGCAGGGCAGGCCGACGGCAGCAUUGUGGGCGGUGCGGGGGACUUUGUCUGUCUGGGCAAGGACUGGUACCGUUUCCCGAGCUCCUUCUUUUUGCCGCGCAACAUGCACGUCAAGUUUGUGCGGUCCGAGUUCCGCGGCCUGUUGCCGGGCGAGUUCUCCGAGGCCCGCACAGGCUUCGGCCUCUGGAGCGGCACGUGGUUGCCGACCACGGGCAUGAACGACCGCAACGAGGAGGACAUGAGCACGUACACCGACAUUAGCACGUGCGCGUUCCUGGUGGACACGCAGUACCCGGAGAACGCGCGGCAGGGCCGCACACUGCCGCCGCAUGAACCCGACUACGUGGCAGAUACCGCCAACUGGGAGGUUGUGACGUGCGAGCCGUUCUUGGACGCAGGCAACACCGGGUUCCUGGCGCGCGCGUUGUGGAUUCCGAGCCUGGAUUUCCUGCCAGAGCGUUUCCAGCGCAAGUGGGCACGGCACUGCCUGCUUAAGCGGCGUGAAAAGUAG